AUAUCGCUUAAGGUCCAUCUCUAACGUCCAAAGAUUUUUCAUGUACGCGUCUUGGUAAAAUUUCAUAAAAAUGGAAAAUAUUCCACGAACACAUGAAGACAUUGAGGCGCAGAUCAGCGUGAUCCAGGAAAAGAAAACAGAGCUGGCGAAGACCACCGCAGCGGCUGCGGGAGUCGGUUUGCUGGACAGCGGAGGGUUCUUUGACACCGACUUGUACGACGAUGAAGCUGCGAAGGGAAAAGGUCGCUACGAGGGGUACAACACCUCCAUUGCGGCCAACGACGCCGAGGAGGCGGAUGAGGACGAGGACGACGGCUUUCCGGUGCCCCAGAAACGCACCACAUAUACGGCGCCCACCUCCGUUUUGAAGGACGUGACCCAAGGCAAAGAGGAUGUGGACCCCAUGGCAGAUCGCAGGCGUCCUACGAUUGCAGAUCGUGAGGACGAGUACCGGCAGAAACGGCGCCGCAUCAUAAUCUCCCCAGAACGAGCGGAUCCUUUUGCCGACGGCGGCAAGACCCCAGAUGUGGGCUCGCGCACCUACACGGACAUCAUGCGGGAGCAGAUGCUGAAGGGCGAGGAAACCGAGCUACGUCGAAGGAUUCUGGAGAAAACAAAGGAAGGAACUUUGGUAAAGACCGCUACCUCGUCGUCGUCAACAAACGGGGAAUCAGCUGCUCCUAAGGACGGCGGCAGGAAGCGUGGGAGAUGGGAUCAGACGGUCAGCGACAGUUUUAUCCCGGCCAAAGUGGCGACACCAAGUAGUGCCGCUACGCCCACUUGGGAGGAUAAAACUCCCGGUGACCAUCGUUGGGAUGAGACUCCAGGACACAAAGGUAGCGAGACACCAGGAGCCACUCCAGGACUGGGAACCCGGAUCUGGGACGCCACACCGGCUCACGCCAUGACUCCUGGUCACGAGACACCCGGACACGAAAAGUCCGCCCGGAGGAACCGCUGGGAUGAGACACCAAAGACAGAGCGCGAGACUCCCGGACACAGCGGCUGGGCGGAGACCCCGAAGCCAGAUCGCACAGGUAGCGGCGCCGGAGAGAGCAUAUCGAUCGAGUCGACACCUGGAGCCUCCAAACGACGCUCCCGCUGGGACGAAACCCCCUCGAAUGCAACGCCCGCUAUUACGCCCACAAAUGCGAAUGCCAUGACCCCUAAUAUGACUCCCAGCAUGACGCCACAUGCCACUCCGGGUCAUGCUACGCCAAUGCUGACGCCAGGAGGAAGCACUCCUAUCGGAGUCAAGGCAAUGGCCAUGGCCACGCCGUCAGCAGGAGCUCUGGCCGCCAUGACUCCUGAGCAACUGCAGGCCUAUCGAUGGGAAAAGGAGAUCGACGAGAGGAAUAGGCCCUACACCGACGACGAGUUGGACCAAAUCUUUCCCCCUGGCUACAAAAUCCUACCACCACCAGCAGGAUACGUCCCACUUCGCACUCCGGGCAGAAAGCUAAUGGCCACACCAACACCAAUUGCGGGAACUCCAGCCGGUUUCUUCAUCCAAGUAGAGGACAAAAAUGCUAAGUUCAUGGAUAACCAACCAAAAGGACAGAAUCUGCCGUUCAUGAAACCCGAGGACGCGCAAUAUUUCGACAAACUGCUGGUCGACGUCAAUGAGGAUGCUUUGUCGCCCGAGGAACUGAAGGAGCGCAAGAUUAUGAAGCUUCUGCUGACCAUUAAGAACGGCUCGCCGCCUAUGAGAAAGUCGGCCUUAAGGCAGAUUACGGAUAAGGCCCGAGAAUUCGGAGCAGGUCCUUUGUUCAACCAAAUUCUUCCCUUGCUUAUGUCGCCCACUUUAGAGGAUCAGGAGCGACAUUUGUUGGUAAAGGUUAUCGAUCGCGUUCUGUAUAAACUAGACGAUUUGGUGCGACCCUAUGUGCACAAGAUCUUGGUGGUCAUAGAACCACUCCUGAUUGACGAAGAUCACUAUGCCCGCAUAGAAGGCAGAGAAAUCAUUUCAAAUCUGGCCAAGGCUGCUGGCUUAGCCACAAUGAUCUCCACCAUGCGACCGGAUAUUGACAACAUCGAUGAGUACGUGCGAAACACCACGGCAAGAGCCUUUGCCGUGGUGGCUUCGGCCUUGGGUAUUCCAUCACUACUGCCCUUUUUAAAGGCCGUGUGCAAGUCAAAGAAAUCCUGGCAGGCGCGACACACAGGCAUAAAGAUUGUACAGCAGAUAGCUAUCCUAAUGGGUUGUGCUAUAUUGCCACAUCUCAAAGCGCUGGUGGAGAUCAUCGAGCACGGAUUGGUGGACGAGCAGCAAAAGGUGCGCACAAUUACAGCUUUGGCUAUUGCCGCCCUGGCAGAAGCAGCCACUCCAUACGGAAUUGAGUCCUUCGAUUCCGUUCUUAAGCCCCUUUGGAAGGGUAUUCGCACCCAUCGAGGCAAAGGUCUGGCCGCCUUUUUGAAGGCUAUUGGCUACUUGAUUCCCCUGAUGGAUGCCGAGUACGCCAACUACUACACCCGUGAGGUAAUGUUAAUUCUCAUUCGUGAGUUCCAGUCCCCGGACGAAGAAAUGAAGAAGAUCGUCCUGAAGGUGGUGAAGCAAUGUUGCGCCACGGAUGGUGUGGAACCGCAGUACAUCAAAGAGGAGAUCCUUCCGCACUUCUUUAAGUUCUUCUGGAAUCACCGAAUGGCUCUGGACAGACGCAACUACCGCCAGCUGGUCGACACCACAGUGGAGAUCGCCAACAAGGUGGGCGCCUCUGAGAUCAUCAAUCGUGUGGUUGACGACCUAAAGGAUGAAAAUGAACAGUACAGGAAAAUGGUGAUGGAGACGGUGGAGAAGAUCAUGGGCAAUCUGGGAGCAGCCGACAUCGAUUCCCGCUUGGAGGAGCAGCUUAUCGAUGGUAUUUUGUAUGCAUUCCAGGAGCAGACCACUGAGGACGUGGUCAUGCUGAACGGCUUCGGUACCAUCGUGAACCAACUGGGCAAGCGAGUUAAGCCCUACUUGCCACAAAUUUGCGGAACGAUUCUCUGGCGACUGAACAACAAAUCCGCGAAAGUCCGUCAACAGGCUGCGGAUCUGAUCUCCAGGAUAGCGGUGGUGAUGAAAACCUGCCAGGAGGAGAAGCUCAUGGGACAUCUGGGCGUUGUGCUAUACGAAUACUUGGGUGAGGAGUACCCGGAGGUGUUAGGUAGUAUUCUGGGCGCCCUGAAGGCCAUCGUGAACGUAAUUGGCAUGACCAAGAUGACGCCGCCCAUAAAGGACUUACUUCCCCGUCUCACACCCAUCCUGAAGAAUCGACACGAGAAAGUGCAAGAGAACUGCAUUGACCUGGUGGGUCGCAUCGCAGAUCGGGGACCAGAGUAUGUGUCUGCUCGCGAGUGGAUGCGCAUCUGCUUUGAGCUUCUGGAGCUGCUUAAGGCCCACAAGAAGGCUAUCCGGAGAGCCACUGUUAACACCUUUGGGUAUAUAGCCAAAGCCAUCGGUCCCCAUGACGUGCUGGCCACUCUGCUGAAUAAUCUUAAGGUGCAGGAGCGUCAGAACCGCGUGUGCACCACGGUGGCCAUUGCCAUCGUUGCCGAGUCAUGUCGUCCUUUCACCGUGCUCCCCGCUUUGAUGAACGAGUACCGAGUUCCCGAGCUGAACGUGCAGAAUGGAGUUCUGAAGUCGCUUUCCUUCCUUUUCGAAUACAUCGGAGAAAUGGGCAAGGACUACAUAUAUGCUGUCUGCCCACUCCUGGAAGAUGCUCUUAUGGACCGGGAUCUGGUCCACAGACAAACCGCCUGCUCCGCCAUCAAGCACAUGUCCUUAGGCGUUUACGGGUUUGGCUGCGAGGAUGCUUUGACGCAUCUACUCAAUUACGUGUGGCCCAACAUCUUUGAGACCUCCCCUCAUCUUGUGCAAGCCUUUAUGGACUCUGUAGAUGGAUUGAGGGUGUCUCUUGGGCCCAUUAAGAUCCUGCAGUACACGCUCCAGGGACUUUUCCACCCAGCUCGCAAGGUACGGGAUGUCUACUGGAAGAUCUACAACUCGCUGUACAUUGGAGGUCAGGAUGCACUGAUUGCCGGCUACCCGCGGAUUACCAACGAUCCGAAAAAUCAGUACGAACGAUACGAACUGGACUACACACUCUAAGUUUUAACAGCUAAUAGGAUUCUCUAAGAUAUAAAUAUAUAAAUAAAACAAUACCAAACAAUGGUUUUCAUUUAAAUAAA